UAUAUGGAGAAGCGGCUCGCAAAAAACUCCUAAUAUCUUCCGAAGGACUCCAAAUGACACCAAACACCUCUGGGGAUGAUUUAAUAGAGUCUCAUGACAAAGCCUUGACCAAGAUGGAGGAGGACAACAGUCGACAACUGAACACAAAGCUGGCUGCUGCCCUAAAGGAACACAGAUCCCAGAUUGCUUUACACCUAAGGAAGAGGGAGGAGCUUCAGAGGGAGGCGGAGCUAGAGCUGAAGAUGGAAAGGGAAAAGAACCAGAUGCUGCUUCUACAGUGCCAACAAAGACACUUAAGGAUACAGCAGAAGUUGGAAGAGACAGAACUGCACGUGCAAGACCUGCAAGGAGAGUUGCACCAAGAGAGGAGACGAGGAAAAGAGAAGAGGACACGAGACGAGCAGAGGUGGAGGAGAGAGGAGGAGACGCACCAACAGCAGGCACGAGAACUGAGCCAAGCUAAAGCUGAAGUGCAGCAGAUGAAGGAGAAGAAUGCUGAACUAAUAGAAGAGGUGGCAUUACUCCAGGAGACGGUGCGGGGGGAGUGUGAGGAGAGGGAGGAGCUGACUGCUGCUCUCCUUCAAGCUCGGCAGGAGCUCUGUGGGCAAAGAUCUCUGCAGGCAUCUCAUCAGCACUCCUCCAGAAAUGCUCAUGAGCUAAUGGACAGACAAACACAAUCAAUGAACAAUGUUUCCCUCCAUAGUCAAGCCAGAACACCUCUCACUCGCUCUUCAACCUCCCCAAACACGCUACGGAGCUUCCCCGCCUGCACGGACCAAGACAAAGGCCUGGGCGAAGAGGGAGGACGAGCAGGGGGGAGUUUGGAGUCCUGGAAAAGUGCUGGGGCUUUAGGUGGGGGUAAAACGCGGGCGGGGACGUUGCCCAGACUGAAAGCAAGCACUAGCAUGAGUGACAUGAGACAUAAGGUCGGUUUUGUGAUGGGACGAAAGGGAAAACUGAGAAAGAAUCACAAAUAA